AUGGACGUCCUCGCGAAUGCCACCAGCUUUGCCUCUCCUCUCGCCAACGCCGACCUCAAGGUUCAGGCCGCCUAUGCUUCGGGCAUCGUGGGGAGAGUGUGGGCGCAGCUUAAUGUUUGGACCGUACUCUUGACCAUUAUCCUACUAUUGGCUACCUACGAUCAAUGUAGCUACCAAUGGAAGAAGCAUGGCAUCGUCGGCCCGGCGUGGAAGAUGCCCUUCAUGGGCCCUUUUCUCGAAUCGAUGCGACCCGACUUUAGGAAGUACAAGGAGAAAUGGGAGAGUGCGGAGCUGAGCUGCGUCUCCGUUUUCCACAAAUUCGUUGUCAUUGCUGGAACCCGAGACAUGGCGCGGAAAGUGUUCAAUUCGCCGGGCUUCGUCAAACCGACCGUCGUCGAUGUCGCGCCGAAACUCCUUCGUCCCACCAACUGGGUCUUUUUGGACGGAAAAGCCCACGUCGAGUAUCGCAAGGGGUUGAACGGGCUGUUCACGCGCCAAGCGCUCGAGAUGUAUUUGCCCGGUCAAGAGGAGGUCUACAGCAAGUACUUCAAAAACUUUCUGGAGAUGUCCAAGGAAAACAACAUGAAAGCCAAGCCCUGGAUGCCCGUGUUCCGCGAGCUCAUGUGCGCCGUGUCGUGCAGAACCUUUGUCGGACACUACAUGAGCGAGAAGGUGGUCAAGAAGAUCGCCCACGACUACUACUUGAUCACCGCGGCGUUGGAGCUCGUCAAUUUCCCCAUCAUUAUCCCGUUCACCAAGACCUGGUACGGAAAGAAGGCAGCAGACAUGGUGUUGGACGAAUUCGCCAAGUGUGCGGCCAAAUCCAAGGUGCGAAUGGCUGCCGGCGGCAGUAUCACAUGCAUUCUCGAUGCUUGGGUCAAGCAGAUCCAGGAUUCCACCAAGUACCGAGAGCGCCUCGAGCGAGGCGAAAAAGUGGACGAGUCCGAGAAGCCACCUCAAUUGCUGCGAGAAUUUACCGAUUUCGAGAUUGCCCAGACCGUCUUCACCUUCCUGUUUGCGUCGCAAGAUGCCACGUCGAGCGCGUGCACCUGGCUGUUCCAGAUUAUGGCUGAUCGACCGGAGAUUCUGGACAAGGUUCGAGAAGAAAAUCUCCAGCUUCGAGGCGGCGACCGCAACAAGCCGUUUGAUAUGGACAUGCUGGAGUCGAUGGUCUGGACGAGAGCAGUGGUCAAAGAGACGUUGCGAUAUCGUCCUCCAGUCAUUUUGGUGCCCUACGUGACCAAGAAGGAUUUCCCCGUGACGGAAGGCUACACCCUCAAGAAAGGCUCCAUGAUCAUCCCUUCCAUCUGGCCCGCAACCCAUGAUCCCGAAGCAUAUCCCAACCCGGACAGUUUUGAGCCCGAGCGAUGGAUUACCGGGGAUGCCGACAAGCAGGUCAAGAAUUGGCUGGUCUUUGGCACGGGGCCUCAUUACUGCCUGGGACAGACAUACGCUCAGCUGAACCUGAUGGCCAUGAUUGGAAAAGCCAGCAUCUUGUUGGACUGGGAGCACGAGCCCACGCCCAUUAGUGAGGAUAUCGAGGUGUUUGCGACCAUUUUCCCUCAAGAUCAUUGCAAGCUGGUCUUCUCUGAGCGGCCAUAA